AUGGAUAAAGGAAAUGAUUCUAUCAUUACUGAAUUCAUUCUUCAGGGAUUCACAGACAAUCCCAAAAUGCAGCUUGUUUUUUUUUUUAUCUUCCUCUCAAUUUAUUUCAUUGCGGUGGUAGGGAAUAUUGGGAUGAUUCUACUGAUAUGCACUAACACCCAACUUCACAAACCCAUGUAUUACUUCCUGGGCAACCUCUCCUUUGUUGAUCUCUGCUGUUCCUCAACCAUUGCUCCUAGAAUGCGGAUUGAUUUAUUAAGUGAAAGUAGGAUUUCCUACAAUGCCUGUGCUACACAGCUCUUUUUCUGUGUUCUUGUAGACAUAGAGUGUUUGUUGGCUGUGAUGGCCUAUGAUAGGUAUGUGGCCAUCUGCAAUCCACUUCUCUAUUCAGCAACAAUGACCAAAACACUCUGCCAACAAUUGAUUGCUUUUGCAUAUUGCAUAGGCUUAAUGGAUACAAUAGUAUACACUUCCUCUACAUUCCUACUCACAUUCUGCAGGUCAAAUCUUAUUAAUCACUUCUUUUGUGAUAUGCCUCCACUAUUUGUACUCUCCUGUUCUGACACCUCUGUUAAUGAGCUUGUGCUGCUUAUCAUUGAUGGCUUCAUCGAAGCAUGCAGCAUUUGUAUGAGUCUUAUAUCCUAUGUUUAUAUUGUGGUUACAAUCCUAAGAAUGCACUCCUCCGAGGGCAGGCGCAAGGCAUUUUCCACCUGUGCUUCUCACUUGGCAGCUGUUGGGAUAUUCCACGGGACCAUAGUCUUCAUGUACAUCCGGCCCACCUCCAGCUAUUCCAUGGACCAAGACAAAUGGGCCUCUAUGUUCUACACGGUCGUGAUCCCCAUGCUCAACCCUUUGAUCUACAGCCUGAGGAACAAGGAGGUGAAAGAUGCUCUGAUAAAAUCAGUGGGCAAUGUAUGGACUUUUAAAGACAGAAAACCAAAAUAA